CUUCCCUUUCAUCUUCAAUGAGUCUGCCGCGUCCCAUUGCCAGACCUUCUCACGCCCUUUCUACAACGAUCACCAGCCCCAUCCGUCACCGCCUUCCUGGUCUUCUCUCCGUCCCCAAACCACCCCCUUCUUUCUCUCCUUCCAUCCUGAUACCCUCGUAAAUCGCUCCAUCAUCUCCACCCUCAAAUGCAUCCCGCAGAUAUAUAAGGUUAGCUGACCAGGAAUCUCCCUCAUUACCUGUGGUGUCAUUAGAUUUGGAAACCAAUAGUGACAUGGCAGGCUCAUGUGAUUCCUUUGUUAAGUUUGAAUCAGAAGUCAUGUUGAUACAGCUCCAGGAUAUGUUGUGAGGUAAAUAUUAAAACAGGAUAAUGUUGAUGGUGAUGUACAAUCAGAUUUGGUUGGCUAUAUGUGCCCUACCUGCAAGGCUGAAAUCCUGAAUAACUCAAUGCUCAGAUGGUGGCUGAACCAUAAACUCUUAGCAGCUUCGAUGAACUUACGCACCUCAGUUUGAGAACAAGAAUUUUGGGAUGUGAGAUAUUUUCAGUAUCACCAUAUGCAAGAACAGAGGUCUGGUGUCCAGCAUGUAGACAACUUAACAUACUGUAUCAAGGAGUGGAUGGCAAGUUCAGCACUGCUAGUUCAAUUCGGGCUAAUCAUUCUAAGAUUAGGAAGAAAAUAAGUGGCAGUUCUAGUCACCACCUGAAGAUUGAUACGUCUCCUUUACCUUUAGCCUCCUCUUCCAGCCAAUAUCUGAGAAAAAGGGCGGUACUUUGUGGAGUAAGCUAUAAGAAUUGCAAACACAAGCUUAAGGGGACUGUAAACGAUGCCAUGAACAUGAAACAUUUUUUGAAACAUCACUUUGAUUUUCAUACUGACCAAAUUCGCCUGCUUACAGAGGAAACUGAUCAACCAGACUUGAUACCGACAAAGAAGAACAUUGAAAAAGCGCUGAGCUGGCUUGUGGAAGAUUGCCAGUCAGGUGAUUCACUGGUGUUCUUUUAUUCUGGGCAUGGAUUAAGGCAACCAGAUUUUGAUAAUGAUGAGAUUGAUGGGUUUGAUGAAACUAUUUGCCCUGUUGAUUUUGAGAAGGAAGGAAUGAUUGUUGAUAAUUACAUUAAUGACACCAUUGUUCGGCCCCUGAAGGCAGGUGUCACUCUUCAUGCCAUUGUUGAUGCUUGUCAUAGUGGAACUGUUCUCGAUCUUGUGCAUGUUUACAACAGACACCGGGGACAGUGGGGGGACAACAGCCCUCCAUCAGGUGUUGAUAAAGGUACAAGUGGUGGAUUAGCAAUUUGUAUCAGUGCUUGCGAAGAUGAUCAACUUGCUUCUGAUACUUCUGUAUGAAAAUUCUAUUCAUCGAAUUCCAGACAUGAUUUUUGUUUAUUGAACCAAAAUAUAUAUUAACUCAAUAUAUAUGACUUUAAUUAGAUCAGUAUUGCAGGCAUUUGGGUCGAAGAUGAAUGGGGCAAUGACCUUCCUUUUAACAGACGUUGUCAAGUCACAUUUGGGAAUAACAUAUGGGAACUUACUUGACAAAAUUUACAAACGAAUUGAGGAAGUUAAUCGACAAGGGUGCAUUAAUAAAUCCAGAUUUCUAAGAAAAUUGUGCAAGACUACUAUCACACAGAAGCCUCUACUUUCAUCUUCUGAAGAGUUUGAUGUUUAUAAGAAGCAAUUUAGACUGUAAUUCUACGUGCAUCCAAGAUAACUUAAAGUGGCAAUGUGCUACAGAUGCAAGAGCAUCUAAAACUAUAAGCUCUAUAUCACUUCAAACCUUUGAAGAAUACACCGUGUUCCAACUACCAAGCAUACUUUUCUUGGCAAAUGGGAUGAAUGUAUCACGCUCGUGGCGAGGAACGUCGUAUUCUCCAAUCAUAUAACUUAGUGUGUUGGCCUGUACUUACAUAAACUGCAUGUCAUCGGCGUGCAAGACUGUAAGAGGUGAAUAGAAAUAAUACUAUUUC